AUGGCGACGCGGGGCCGCGGGGCCGCCGCCGCUGCCGCGCUGCUCAUGGCGGUGUCGGCGGCGCUGUCCCCCGCCCGCGGCUUCUCCGUCCCGCUGCAGCGCCCCGCCGACUGCGGCGCCGAGCGCUACUUCGACAGCUCCCGCCUGGCCUGCGCGCCCUGCGGGGCCCACCAGCGGCAGAGCGCCGGCGGUAGUUCCUGUGAAUGUGAGCCAGGAUACAGGAUGGUUUCUAGUAAUGGUGGGUUCUCUGUUACUUGUGAAAAAUGCCCAGAAAAUAUGAGCGGAGUUACUCAAGAUGGAUGGAAUUGCAUUACUUGCCCCAGAGGCCUGACUUCAAAAGGAAACUGUAAAUGCCCCAAUAAUGAAAUACUAGUGGAAAGAAGCAUGGAUGGUGUUUUGCUUGGUGAAGCAUUGUGCAUACUUUGUAAUGGAAGUGAGCAGUCCUUCUCUGCCUCAGAUGCAUCAGGAAGCAGGUGUGUAAGAUGUGAACAGACAUUUAUUCAAGUAAGCAAGUCUUGUGACUGCAACAGCCCAAACAUUCUAACUGGUGGGUUGUGUUUCUUGGCUCGUGAAGGUUUACCCCCAAAGGGAGUUGCAGCUGUUCGUUUUGCACAGCUAGGUGUAACACUGGCAUCAGCAUGGUUUCUGAAAAACCUUCAGUCCUCAGCCUUUGCCUGUUGGUUGUACUCUAAUCUAACAGCAUGCCAAGCUCUUGGAAAUAUGUGUGUCAUGAAUAUGAACUCAUUGAGUUCUUCAAGUACUGAUGCCUGUGGUUUGUUUCAGUAUAUUUUUGUCAGUACAGCAAGGGUAGGCGUCGUUCAUUCAAUACCCUACUGGAGGCAUAAUCUUCCAUGGCUGUAUUAUGGUGACCAACCAGGAUUAGCAUCCCAAGUGCUUGAGAAAAAUCAUUUUCCUACAACCUUCACUUUUAAAGGAACAGAUAAGGAUGUAAAGCUGAAAUUUAUUGCAGCCUCAUUUGAUGCAGCGGGAAACUUUCUUAAGUGGCAAAAUUUGGAAGGAGGUCUCUUACAGCUUUGUCCUGAUACCCAAACUAAAUUGAAUGCAGCUUAUGUUUUUGGAACAACUUAUCAACAAAAUUGCAAAAUUUCAAUUUCUAAGAUUUUAUUGGAUUUUGCCAAUCCAGUUUUUUAUGACCUGUUCCUUGAAUAUAAUGGUGGCAAUGGACAGCAACAUCUUUGGGCCGUGCCAGUUUUAAAUUUGAAUCUUCAAUACAAUGAAAAGUUUGUUAACCAAGGCAGUAAUAUGAACAACUGGCUUCUGACGCGUCGAUUUUUCUUGGUGGAUGCACUUAGUGGAAAAGAGAAUGACUUGGGAAAACCACCAAGGGUAAUUCGGAUUGCUAGCAAAAUAACAAUAAGUAUCCGUCUGGUAUCCCAUACACAGAGAGGAACCAUCUACCCUCCUCUCAUUACUGUUGCUUACACAGAUGUGCUUGUCCAAAACCCUGAAACCCAGAGUGUGAUGGUUUCUUUCGCAGUCAGCUAUGAGAUGAAUCAGAGAGAGGCUCAGAUUCAGACUGAUAUUGCACUGGGUGUGUUGGGUGGACUGGCAGUGUUAUGGUCUCUUCUCAAGACUGCAGGCUGGAAGAGGCGGACAGGAAGCUCUAUAAUUGACUUGCAGACAGUUUUCAAGUUCUUACUGUUCUAUGCUGGAGACCUUGCCAACGUUUUCUUUAUCAUCACAGUGGGCACAGGAAUUUAUUGGCUUGUAUUCUUCAAAGCUCAGCAGUUUGUAUCUGUCCUUUUACCUCUUCCAUCUCAAGAAGAAGAUUUUGUUACAUACAUAGCAUGUGCGUUUAGUUUAAAGGCUCUGCAAUUUUUACACUUGCUGGUUUCACAACUUGCUAUUGAUAUUUUCUUUAUUGACUGGGAAAGACCUAAGGGCAAAGUUCUUAAAGCAGUUGAAGGUGAAGGUGUUACUAAAAGUACUGCUGCACCUGUGAGCAUAUGGAGGACAUACUUUAUAGCAAAUGAGUGGAAUGAAAUUCAGACAGUGAGGAAAAUAAAUCCUCUCCUUCAAGUGCUUGCCGUUCUUUUUUUUCUAGAGGUGGUGGGAUUUUCAAACCUGGCUUUAAUGGAUGCUUCUUCCAGUCUCUCAAGAAGCAGUGAGAGCUAUGUAGCUCCUUGGAGCCGCAUUUUAAGAUUUGGUGUGUCUGCUGCACUCUGGGUAGCCAUUGCCAUCCUACAAAUUAUAUUUUUUGCUGUGAUUUAUGAAAGAUUUGUUGAAGAUAAGAUAAGCCAAUUUGUUGAUUUGUGUUGCGUGAGCAAUAUUUCAGUGUUUCUCUUGUCACACAACUGCUUUGGUCAUUACAUCCAUGGUCGCUCAGUGCAUGGACAUGCAGAUACCAAUAUGGAAGAAAUGAAUAUGAACCUGAAGAGAGAAGCAGAAAAUCUGUGUAGUCAGAGAGGUUUGUUACCAAACACAGAUGGCCAGACAUUUCAGAUUUCCAUUUCAAGAAAAAUGCGGCUAAACUAUGACUGGAUUCAUGAAACCUUAACAAGAAAACGUGGUCCUGCCAGGCUUUUGGACUCAUCUGCAAAUAGCUUUGAACAAAGCACAAGGGCCUACAAUGCCAUGAACAAAUUCCUCAGUUCUUUUAUUGAUCACGUUCAUAAAGAAAUGGAUUAUAUUGUCAAAGAUAAGUUGCUGCUUGAACGCAUUCUUGGCAUGGAAUUCAUGGAACCAAUAGAGAAAAGUAUUUUUUAUAAUGAUGAAGGACACUCUUUCACUGACGUUCUCUAUUAUGGCAAUGAAACAACACUGCUCAUCUUUGAUAUCCUGUUUUUCUCGGUUGUGGAUUUAGCUUCCCAAAGUUUUGUUUUAGCAGCUAUUCUAACAUAUUUGCAACAAGAGAUAUUUAGGUUUAUUCGUACUACACUUGGGCAGAAGAAUUUGGCAUCCAAAACCUUGGUGGAUCAAAGAUUUCUCAUUUAAUUGAGAAGAUGAAAAACUGUUAAGGAUUUAAUCAUGGAAAAUAUGAACAUGAUCAAAGCACCUCUGACCUGCAGAUUAAUUGUCGUGCACUUUUCAACAAUAACAAUGUAAUGGGUUUGAAACUUG